AUGUCCUAUCGUUCUUUCGUUUGCUGCGGGUAUCCGGAGGAAGAAUCCAUCUCUCUCGAUACAGGUGAAGAUCAUUGGAUUUUGGAAUUAGUUUUGAUGCAGACGAAGAACCAAUCGAUCGCUUAUUUUCCAUCCGAUCUCAUGAAUUCUGUCUCGCCGCAGAGUUUCCGGGGAUCGAGAAUGUGAGGAGAUACACUUACAGAGAACUGAAGCGAGCCACGGACGACUUCAGCUUCCCGAACAAGAUCGGGGAAGGAGGGUUCGGAUCCGUGUACAAGGUGAGCUCCAUCGCCGGCGCCGGCGAGAUCUCUGGCCGGAGGACGGAUUACUGAAGAUUUAACGGUGGUUGUGCUGGUCUCGCAGGGGAAGCUCAGGGAUGGGACGGCGGUGGCGGUGAAGGUGCUGUCGCCGGAGUCGUCGCAGGGGUGGAGGGAGUUCCUGUCGGAGCUGUCGACGCUGGCGAAGAUCCGCCAUGAGAACCUGGUCCAGAUCUACGGCUUCUGCUCGGAGAAGGAUCACAGGAUCCUCGUCUACAACUACCUCCCCAACAACAGCCUCUCCCAGACCCUCCUAGGUGAGGCCCCUCUUCUUCUUCUACUACUUUCUUCUCCAUGCUUCUUCUUCUUCUUCUUCUCCUUGGUGCUGCUGCUGGUACUGAGAGUCGCCAUUUCUGAUCUGCUGAACUUCAGGGGGCGGGUACAGCGACCUCAAGUUCGACUGGAGAACGCGGGCGAAGAUCGGCCUGGGCAUCGCUCGAGGGAUCGCCUUCCUCCACGAGGAGGUGAGGCCGCGGAUCGUCCACAGGGACAUCAAGGCCAGCAACAUUCUCCUCGACGAGAACCUCAACCCCAAGAUCUCCGACUUCGGCCUCGCCAAGCUCCUCCCCUCAAAUGUCUCUCACGUCAGCACCCGCGUCGCCGGCACCAUGUAAACCCCCUCUCUCUCUCUCUCUCUCUCUCUCUCUCUCUCUCUCUCUCUCUCUUGUCUGUGUGGGUUCUGAGAGUUGUGAGAGGACUGAGAGAGAACUGGGCUGGUUUUUGCAGAGGGUACCUGGCGCCGGAGUACGCGAUCAGGGGGCAGCUGACGAGGAAGGCGGACAUCUACAGCUUCGGGGUCCUCCUCCUGGAGAUCGUCAGCGGGCGGUGCAACACCAACACGAGGCUCCCUCCCGGAGACCAGUUCCUCCUCGCCAGGGUCAGUCCUCUUUCUUCUUCUUCUUCCUUCUUCCUUCUUGCCCCUCCCGAACCCGGAACCGAGACCACCACCACCACGAGGAUGAUCAUGUCAUGAAUUCUCUCUCUCUCUCACUCACUCUUUCUCUCUCUGUAUCUUUCUAUGCGCAGACGUGGGCGAUGUAUGAGAAGGGGGAGCUGGUAUCCAUCGUGGACUGCGAGCUGAAGGAGUUGGACGAGGAGGAAGCCUGCAGGUUCUUGAAGGUGGCAUUGCUCUGCACGCAGGACAACCCGCGGCUGCGGCCGCCGAUGCCGAUCGUGGCGCAGAUGCUCGCCGGCGAGAGGAACGUGGAGGUGGAGAAGAUCACCAAGCCGGGGCUCAUCUCCGAGUUCAUGGACCUGAAGAUCCGCAGCGAGAAGAAGGCGGAGAACGGCUACUCCAUGAACACCGUCUCCUCCGGCAUCUCCCCCCACGGGAACUCCCCGCCGUCCUCCUCCGAGAACACCACCACGACCGCCUCCUUCACCUUCACCGCCAUCUGCGACAGGGAUGACUGA